AAUGCGCUUCCCCAGAAAGCUUGAGCCGCCAUGGCCUUGAUCAAGAAGGUACCAAAGACCUUUCUCCUCAGCCUCGCCUACCUGCUAUGUGUUGCUACCCUCUCCCAUGCCACCUCGCUUAGCUUCAGCUACAACUUCUCCACUCCUGGCGCCCUCACCAGCCCCGACCUCAAGUACAUGUCCAACGCCACAGCCGCCGGCGAUCGGGUUGACCUGACGAAGAACAGGAACUGGAGCACGGGGCGGCUGGCGUACGGGCGCCCGGUGCAGCUCUGGGACGACACCGGCAAGGUUGCCAGCUUCACCUCCAACUUCACCUUCGUCAUAAAGUCGCUCGACCGCAGCGCUCAGGCAACUCAUCCGAUCCAAAGAAUUUCUGGAGCUUCUGUUAGGAGCCCACACACCUGACGUGCU